AUGGAUCGCAAAAUCCGACAAGUUUGCUUUACAGCUUUUAAUUCCGAACGGAAGGUAGAACUUGCCGAAAAAGCAACCAAGCUCGGUUUAAUAGUGGAAUUUAAUUUUGAGACUCGGACUGAUGUUCUUGUUGUUGCCAGAGUCGGAACUGAUAAAUAUCGACAAGCUAUUGCAAAUGAUGUUCCUGUAGUGAAAGAAGAAUGGCUUCUCGAGUCCAUGAAAGAAGGGAAAUUAUUGGAUGUUUCGAAAUUUAUAGCUCCGGCGCUCUAUGGCUGUAAAAUUUGUGCCACUGGCUUCAAAGAGGAAAUGAGGAAUCGCAUAAAGAGAAUGUGUGAAUUGAAUGGAGCAAUAUAUAACCCUGCUCUUAUGGCAGGUUACACACAUCUCAUAGCAAAGAAAAAAGGAUCUGAAAAAUUUGAGUUUGCUCUUCAAAAUGAUAUCAAUAUCGUCACUAGCAAAUGGAUUGAAGAUUCUGUAAAAUUAGAGUAUGCACAAGAUGAAUCUCAUUAUUUUCUACCCUCCCUUACUGACGACGAAAAAGAAAAAUGUAAAGAAAUUUUGGCAAAGUUUCAAUCAAAAUCCGCACUCUCUGAAGGCGAUAUCACCACUCCAACUUCCACCACUAGCACAAAACCUUUCCCUACCUCUGUGCAACCUACACAAGUUAACAAGAACGAUUCAUUGGACACGGCUGAUUUUUCAGCAUCUCAAUUUUCCACAGAAGAUGCUGACAUGUCCUUAUUGAAUGGACUUGUUUUUUACCUGAUAGGGUUUACUCAUUCCAUAACAGAAGUGAGAAAAACAAUUCGAAAUUAUGGAGGAAUUGCCUCUUUUUCUCUGUUACCGACCAUUAAUUAUAUUAUUGUGGAUGAAACAAUGGACACAAAAGACAUGCUUCGUUCUGUAAUGGAAAAAUUAAGCUACGAGCCACCAGUUGUUCCUUCCAAGUGGCUGAGAGACUCCAUUAAAAACAUGGAAAUUCAACCAAUAGAUCUAUACAAAACUAACUUUCAUAAUGACAACAAAACCGACAAUAAUCAUAACGUCGAUGUUACAUCAGCAACAACUACAAAAGCAUCUCCCAUCACAACACAGACUGAUUUUAUUGAGCUUGACAUUUCUGAAGAAGAUUUGGCAGAAGCUCUAAAGUCGCAAACACGAGCCUCGCAACUUGAGAACAAGCAUCAAGACACAGAAAUUAGCAAUAUACCUCCAAUGGCAAACGAAUUGAAGAAUUCUGUGAAAACUUUCUCGAACUACUCGCUCCAACUUUCAGAUCUGUUAUCAAGCACAGAUAAACAACAAGCUAAAAUUAUUAUUGAAAGAAACGGAGGCAAAAUUGUGAAAACAUCACCAGAUUUUAUAAUUUAUCCACAGUCUAGCAAGGCUGCUAGAGACAACAAUCCAAAAAUUAGAACCUUAACAUGGCUCAAAGAUUGUGAAAAUUCAAACUCUGUGAAAAAUGUGAAGGACUCAAUUCUCUACACACCUACAUUUCGCCUUGGGUUCAACAAAAUUCCUUCAAAAGAAGAGGGUGUUGCAACAAUGAAGAACGAAGACGUGGUUGUAGUCAUUUCUGGCUAUCCAGAGGAUAAACCUCUUCUUUCAACAAUUGUUGAAUUGCUUGGAGCUAAAACCAGUGGAGCACUGAGGAAAACUUCAACGAUUUUAGUGUGCGAAGACACUUCUGACAAGUAUAUUUUUGCUGUCAAGAACAACAUUCCAAUUGUAACAAAGUAUUGGUUGAUGGAGAGCUACAAAGCAGGAUACUUUCUUCCGCCCAGUGAUUUUAAACAAGUUAUAUCAGAAAACAAAGAAACAAGCACUUCUACUCUCACGACGAGCACAUCGACCACUGUCAACACUGUGGAUGCAACAACAGCUACAAACAUCAAUACGGCUCCACCUACUUCAGUUGAUACACCCACCCCUUCUAAAAGUGAACAGAAAGAGGUUUGCAAAACAGAAACAACACCAACAAAGAUGGAAAUUUUGACAGAUGAAAACGCACGGGAUACGAUUUCACCCUCUAAACCUCCCACGGUCGCUACACCUGUAAAUAUAACUUCGUUAAGCAAUGUUAAGAGUAAGGUUCUUGACUUGCUACCAAAGAAGAAGUCUAACGUAACCAAUAAGACUGCAGACAUUUUUAGUGAACCCUCAAGUGACACAACGUUUGUGGCAAAGAAAAAUCUAGAAUCUAAUAUAUUUAUUUCCAACGAUCCUAUGGACUCAAACAGCGGAUCAGUGAACAGUGUGAGUGAUUUUGGAGCUGAAUAUGAUCAGAAACUGAAGAAAGAAAAACUGAGCAAACUCGCUCAUUUCAACACGCCCGCUUAUGCCACACAGCUUGAAACUCAAAUUAUUUGUCACGAUUCUGAAAGUCACAAAGAUCUUUGGAAAUCGAGCUAUGACCAAAAAGUAUUUCUCUUGACUUCUGUCUCAGAUAAGGCUACUGUGGCAGCAUGUAUCGAACGGCUUGGUGGAAAAGUAGAAGACACGUAUUCAUCGUCAAUUACACAUCUGAUCAUGGGGAGUCCGUCUACUACUGAAAAAUUCUUUUGUUGUGUUGCAUCAGGAUGUUGGAUAUUGAGACCAGAAUACAUUUCUGCAUCUUAUAAGCAGAAACAGUGGCUUGAAGAAGAACCCUAUCAAUACAAUGACGGUAAAUUAGAUGCAGAGGUGGCUCUUCAUCUUUCAACUGCUAGGAGGAUCAGAGAAACAAAACAACGACCAUUUGCCAAUCUGUGUGUCUAUUUGGCUGAUGAAAGCCCAUCCUAUGCCAACAUUAUUUUGGCUGGAGGAGGUAAAAUCUUGACCAACGUGGACAAUUUGGAACAAGAUUUGUGUACUCACAUUUUUUACACAACGCCAGAAUCGAAAAAACUCAAGAAACUGAGAAAGAUGUAUCCUAACAUUCCUUGCGCGGAAACAUCCAUUAUCAGUUCGUUACUUUCUCCAACUUCUGAAGGAAAGAGACGAGUUGAACCAUCAGCACCUGAAACUGCACCAGAACAACCAGGAACGAAGAAGAGAAAGUUUGUGAAAAAGUAA